AUGAAAAAUGAAAUUAAAUUUAACUCGGCUGUGAGUCGGGUAGCCUUAAUGAAGAAUCCACCAUACACGGAAAAAGCGCUGCUAGCAGGCUGGGGUUAUAUUGAUGAGGUUAAAUCGAUAUCAGGAAAAAAACUUAAAGCUGUGGAUCAACUUGUCUGGCAAACUGCAGAUUGUAAUAAAAUAUUGAAAGCCAAACAUGAAGGUCUACUUUGUGUAUCUAGUCUCGACAAACAAGAACAUGCCUCAAAGGGCGACUCCGGCAGUGCUCUUAUCGUUAGAAACUACAUUCAAAUAGGUUUGGUGUCCUUCAAAACAGUACAAAGACCAAUAGUCUAUUACUCGGACACAGGAUACUAUUACGACUGGAUUAAACAAGCUGCAAAUUUUAUUUUUUGUGGUCACCCUGAGGGAAGAUUUUUUUUCUGA